CUUUUGCCCCAGUAGCCUACAAAUUAUGGUGUGAACCCAUGAAAAUUGCCUGUAUAGAAUACGCUAGUCUUUUAGAGACGGCCAAUGUAGCACUGCUGCAUUAACUACCAUGCGGUUGCAUAUACCGUUCUUGAUUAUUGCCCAAUAGACCCCUGCCGGAGUGAUAGUUGCCUAAAAUGUGCAGGGAGGGGCAGAGGAAAAAAGAACAGUGAAUUUGGAAUAAAGUAAGGGACGGAGUUCUGAAGCUUAAAAUCCAUCACAUAACAUAACGAUUACCAGUGAUUUGAGUUUUCCAACAUGUCUGGGACCGCGCAGCCAACAUUGAGUCAAGACAUCGUCGCUGAGCUGGAGGCGAAGAAAAAAGAACUCGAACAACUUCAAUCACACCUAACUCAACUUGAUACCUUCAUAAAUGAUCUCCACCUGCAUCGCCAGGAGUUAGAACAGCUCUCAACAAGCGCCCGCAAUGCCCGGGGCGGCCGCACAGGCGUGACAACACUCACGAUUGAUCAAGAGAUGGCUAAGCAUCAGCAAGAUCUUAUCAAUACUUCCGACAAAAUUGCCGCAAUCGAAUCCUCCAUUAGGCUCCUUUCACAGCCUUGAACGAAUUGCAAUGGCUCAUCGCGAACGUUCGAUCACUUCCGCUGACGUAUGAUAACGACGUAACAAGCUGCAAUGAGCGUGGUCCCGAUAAAUGCCCAACGCGAAUGUGCCAUUGUUUGGCUUGACCAUAGGAGUUUCAGUGCAAGGUUUUUGAGGCUAGUUCUUAGACGAUGCAAUGGUUCAGGUGAAUUGGCUUUUGGUUUCCCAAGGGUAUGGUUUGGAUGAUUGUUUCCACAUCUUUCAGUCUCUUGUGUCUCUCUUUCAAUUCCAAGCAGAUCACAUUCUUUUUCAAAUUCUUCAAGAUCUUUAAGUUUCUCCCGUACUGCCUCCAACUCUGGCUUGUGUAUCUCCAGGCUGAAGAAAUCAUUCAUUCUCUGUUUAAAAUGAAUUCGGUCAUUCCCAUAGUAAUCAUAUUCAAACACAGACC